CUCGGGCGGCCUCCGCCGUAGGCCCCACGGUGGCCCGCUGCCUGCGGGAGGCGCUGUGGCCCGGCGAGCGGCCCCAGGGAGCCGCCAUAGUCGCCCGCCUUCCGCAACUCAACGUCUCCGCCGCCGGCUUCGCGCCGCCGCCAUGGCAGACGUGGAAGACGGCGAGGAGCCCUGCGCCUUGUCCUCUCAUUCCGGUAGCUCAGGAACCAAGUCGGGAGGCGACAAGAUGUUCUCUCUGAAGAAGUGGAACGCGGUGGCCAUGUGGAGCUGGGACGUGGAGUGCGAUACGUGCGCCAUCUGCAGGGUCCAGGUGAUGGAUGCCUGUCUUAGAUGUCAAGCUGAAAACAAACAGGAGGAUUGUGUUGUGGUCUGGGGAGAAUGUAAUCAUUCCUUCCACAACUGCUGCAUGUCCCUGUGGGUGAAACAGAACAAUCGCUGCCCUCUCUGCCAGCAGGACUGGGUGGUCCAAAGAAUCGGCAAAUGAGAGAGGUGGAAGGUAUUCUUCAUGCAGUUGUGUGGAGCCCUGGGGAUUCUUGUUAUCAAGUGCUCUACCAAGGCUAGAACUCUCCAAGGGGACUAAUUCUUCUAAUAGGAGGCAAUGGAUCUGUGGUCCCUGGGACUCAUCAAAGGCAUGGUUUAGUCUUUUUCAUUUUUUUUCGGAGAGGAGGUGUUGUUUUCAGAAAUGCUCUACAAUUAAGAAGAUAAUUUAUUAAAAAUGGUCUUUCCUACCUCUAUGGUAUGUGUCUCACACACUGCUUAGAAGUGCUAUAAAAGAGAGAGCUACAAAUUGAACAGCCUUUAUAGUUUACUUACUUAUAUCCAAGGGGCUAUGGAAGCAGUUCCAUUGAAAAGUGGACUUUUUGCAUGCUUAUGGUUGAUCAGUUUUUUAAAAAAGAUAAUGUUAUAGUAACAAAUAAAGUGCAGUUUAAAACCCAACUCUUACCCUUAAUCUGUUCCUAAUAUUUAUUUUUGGCAGGAAGGAGGAUGAUUCAUGAAAUCUUUAUUUGAUAUAAUGAGAAUUUUUAAGUUUGGACCAGUGAAUAGGGUAAAUAAAAUUUAACCUUUAGUGUGUAGGAUUUCAGUUGUCUUUGAAGUUAUCAUCCUUUAUCUUUGACUCAUCAAGAAAACCAUAGAUCGGAGUUCCUGUCAUGGCUCAGUGGAAAGAAAUCCGACUAGGAACCACAAGGUCGUGAGUUCAAUCCCUGGCCAUGCUCAGUGGGUUAAGGAUCUGGCAUUGCUGUGAGCUGUGGUGUAGGUCACAGACGCAGCUCGGAUCUGGUGUGGCUGUGGCUAUGGCAUAGGCCGGCAGCUGUAACUCUGAUUAGACCCCUAGCCUGGGAACCUCCAUAUGGCGUGAAUGAAGCCCUAAAAAGCAAAAAAAAAAAAGAAAGAAAAAAAAGAAAACCUAGAUCAUUGUUUAGUCAUUGAGUGGUAAAGGACAGAAGUAUUUUCAAUUCUGGUCAUGUUGUUUUGUGAUUUACCUGUUUUAAGUGGAAUGUUAAUGAGGGGAAAUGUUUACCAUUAUAGCAUUGGGUCAGAAAGUUUAUUAUCACAGUGUUUUAAUAAAUGAUUUAUUCUGUUUACCUUA